AUGGAGUACAUUGAGGUGAAAACGGAUCGAGAAGAGCAGCGAUCUUCUUCCUCACCCUCUUCCUCAUCAUUAUUUGUUGGUGGUCCAUGUGUGGUGUGCGCGCAAGCUGCUCAUGGAAUCCAUUUCGGCGUUGCCACUUGUCGGGCAUGCGCUGCUUUCUUCAGACGAACGGUGGUCUUGGACCGAAAAUACACAUGUCGUCGUCUAAAUGCCGAUUGUAACAUUAGUUUGGAAGUUCGAUAUUUAUGUCGUUUUUGUCGCUAUCAACGAUGUCUUCAAGUUGGAAUGACACCGGAUAAUGUUCAAUGGAAUCGUGAUCGAAUGUCAAGUUCAAUUCAAAAUAAAGAAAAACUAUCGAAAGGAAAGAAAAAUGCGCAAAAAAUGGAUGUAGAGGAGAGAAUUGAAAGAAUGGCGAUAAAAGAGGACGAAGAGGAUGGGGAAAGGUCGAGAAUCAUGGGAAUGGAGGGAAUGGAGAUCAGAGAGAAGCCACUGAAUCCACUGAAUCCACAAUCCUCCAUCAUUCGACCAAAGCCAAAUCCACCCCAGCAAAUCGCUCGUCUUAUCGGUCACAUUCUUGACAUUUCCAGGAAGAUUGAGCUCGUUUUGACACCGAAUCGAGCGAUCGAAGUCGUCUCUCCAUUCCCGUUAACCGCUUUACAACGAAUGUCGAUUGCGACGGAAAGACUACGCGGGGAAUUGCCAAAAGAGCCACCUGUUGUGUUAGAAGAGGUCGAUUUUGAGGUGAUCAGCAUCGAUUGGUUUCAACAUCUCGAGAAGACGGCAUAUUGGUUGAUGCAUUGCGAGGAGUAUGCGAGAUUGCCUUUAGAGCAAAAGAUGUUAAUCUUUCGAAACACGUGGUCAGGUUUUCUUCGAAUGGAAAAAAUCGCAUCCACCCUUUUGGUGUUUGGAGAGGAAGCGGUGCGGCGAAAGGUGUGUCUUUGCUGUGAUUUCGCGACAAGUCUCACCACAAAAGUGCACAUGGGAGAUCUCAGCAAUCUUUCAUCCGAGGAUUUCUCGAAAUUCAUGGCACCAAAAAUGGAGGUAAUGUUUGAGGACCUAGCGCGUCCAAUGUUGAUGAUGGGUCCAGAACCACUCGAGUACAUCUAUCUUCUGUGUCUCACUGUGUGGAAUAUUGAGGGACGAGGUCUAUCCGUGGAUACAGUUCAUGCAGCCGAUCUUUAUCGAGAGAGGAUCUCGGCUGAACUCCAUGAUUUCUAUGUUCAUUCAAAGGGUCUCACCAAUUAUGCGCAUCGAAUGAUUCAGUUGCAUUCACUCAUUCAGAAUAAUGAGCGAAUUCAACAAGAACGCAACGAAAUGUGGACAAUGGUUCGCGUGUUUGAUGUGUUUAACUUUGAACUUCCAAAUUGUGGAGUCUUAGAUCCAGAGAGGAUG